ACGAAGAUGAAGCUGACAGGCUCAAGUGAGCCUAUUGAGGCGCCCCUGCGCCUCACAGCAUGCGCCAUUCACCCCUGCAGCGUCCUGCCCGACACGAAAAGUGCGUCAAGGAUUCUACACUCAAUGUGCGCUUCCUGGCACCCCUUCUCUCCUGCCUGUGCUCCUGCAGACCACUUCAGCAACUCGUUUGCUGUGAGGGAGCAGCCGCCCGCCAUCUGUUUCCGCGAAGAUGUGCGGCACCACCACCCCCAGCAGCAGAAGAAAGGCCCCGCCCGGAUGGCCUAUCGCCCCCCUCCCCCCACCGGUCCGCCGCCUGCACCGAAGCCGCCCGGCCGACUCCUAGAGGGGCACUACGAGUAUUCGCCCUGGGCGUUCGAGACUCUCGUGCCCCCAGGUGGCUAAAUGGCCACACACACAGGAGAGACGCGAUCGAGGCGGAUCACACAGGACCGAUGGGUGUUUCUGUGCUUGCUGUUCCAGACACGGAAGCGCGGCAUGACCGCAUCUUCAACCAGAUAGCGGAGCCGCUUGUCCGGGGGGCUGUCCUGCGAGGGGAGAGUGGUAUUGUUCUGUCCACUGGAGGAACGGGAAGCGGAAAGACCUUCACCCAAUUGGGUAUAUGGAGAUGACACGCACUUGCCAUCAGACCGGUCACGUCGCCACUGGUCUGUGUCUCCUCUCUUCUGCAGGGAACUCAAGGAAGGGACAAGGUGGCAUUGUACACGAAUCGCUGGCGAGAGCCUUUCAACUGGUUCACGAGUCGUCCACAGUGAUCUCCAUCUCCUUUGUGGAGAUAUACCGAAACCGCAUCCACGACCUCCUCCUCGACACCAAUACGAACAAUGUACACAAACACGCCGAGACAAGCAGACGGAAACGGGCUCAGCGCGCUUAUGCACGUUUCUGCUUGGUGUAUGUGCAGCGGGAUGAUCGCAGGCGACGAGGCGGGCAGGGCGCCACCGGGUCAGCGCCAGGCACCACGAGCAAGUUUCGGUGUAGCACUUUGUUGGAGGCCCUCAGUCUGUUUGGCGAGGGUUGUGAGAGAAGGUGCGCAAACUCAGAGAGCCGGAAAGCAGAGUCCUCACACAUUAAUGCGAUGCCGAUCGUCUGUGCUGUGGGUGUGGUGUGAUCCAGGCACUCUGCCCAUCUUCUGAGCAAUCCAACUGCCUCUCGCGGUCACACCAUCUUCAUCGUGGGCUGAGUUCGACCCUGUCCGCCAGAUCCAUGUCUCUAUUGCUGCAUUUGUCUGUGUGUAUGCAGAUCGAAUUCUCGGAUCAUGAUAGCGGCCGAUCGAGCGUGGUGUCGUUCGUGGACAUGGCGACGGCUGUCGUACCAGAGCGGGUGGAGCCCACUGGCACAGGGCGCUAUAAGGUAUACGCGAAGGACGUGUCAAAGACGAUUGAGGAGUCUCGUGAGACACUGAGGUCAGCAGAUGAGCCCACCAUAUGUCUCGCCUCCUUUCUGGUCAUGUGUGUCCGCUUCCUUGGCUGUGUCGCUGUCAGUCUGUGUGUGCGGAAGUUCAAUGAUGACAAGCAGCAGCGACUGCGGGAGGAACUCGAGGGUGCCGACGAGGAAGAGGCUGACCACGAGACGCACCAGGAGCGGAAGAAGCCGUUUGUGCCCAAGAGCCGGCCCAACUCACGUCAUAUCAUCCUUCAGCCCAGCCCGUUGCCGCGAGAUUGGCGAUCAAAGGUGGUGAGGAGAGCCCAGCCCGCCCCGCAGAUGGUGAGGGCAUGGGACGUGCCAUGGACGUUUGGUCAAGUGCUGGAGCCAGCCCUGCCUGAGACGGCACCGUGGGACAAGACGGCUCUCACGGCCUGCCUGCGGCAGAUAUUUGAGCAGCCUGAAACGUGAGACAGGGAAAGGCAUCCACAAGACCAUUCUUUUUUUUGUCUCACUUUUACUACGUCCGCUUUGGUCAGGCUGAACAUCGCUUUGCUGUACCACAUCAAGUAUGUCAGUCCCGCGCUCUCUGAGUCCGAAAGCCUCAAGUAUCUCCGUCUCUUCCACCGCCUGCAAAAGGCGCUCCACUUUCCAACGAUGCCAUUUGUCGACCCCAGUGACCUGUUUCCUCCCCGCCCCACCCUCCCGCCGCCGCCGAAACCGUACGUCCCCAAGACUCGCUUCCGCAAGGGGGAUGACUGGGCUAUAGCGGACAUCGACUCGCCCAGGGGCCUAGCAGAGCAGAGGGUGAAGGAGUGGAAUCGCAAGGAGAGAGAGCGGACAAUGCAGACGACCGGAGCCACAUUCCGCCAGCGGGGGAGUUCGCCGAGUGGCACAAAGGAUACCGCACGUCGGAGAGACGAGGCUCCCGAUCGCCGCCAAGCUCGUCAGUCCACCGAGGCUGCUGCAGCACCUGGCCACAGAGGGACGACAAAUGGUCGUACAACUGGCGGCAUAAGGGGAAUGGGGGGAGACACCACGCAGCCAAAUGCGUCGGGUGUCCUGCAGCAGGACUUCCAGGCGAAGACGGCCCCAAGGACAAGAGGCACUACCACGGUCCCCCCCGCGCCCAAACAAAACAGCCACUCGGUCAACCCCUCCCCUGUGCCGAAGCAGGCGGAACUUAUUCGACCACUGGACAAGAAAACGCCACCGUGCCCUCCAAAAGUGGCGCCAACACCAGCAGCGGCGACCGUGAGAAUUGUCGGGCGCACCAGCAGCACAUCGCCAAACCCGACAUCUCGUCUCCGCUGCAGUCGUGUCGGCGUCCAGGGGCCUCAGACGGCCCCAAAGUGGGGUAUCCCAGUGCUUACAAGCAAGGAGGACAAAGCCCACCAGAAGGCGCCCUUCCGGGGCGCCGAGAAGACAUCGGCACAGCAGGGAGCCGGAGUAGCCAAGACGGCCUCAGCAAAAUACGGCAGCGCGUUGCCGAGUCGGGCGGCACGUACGUCGGGAGCUGGGCCGGGCGAGUGGCAGAUCCUGUGGCCAGAGAAAAAGGACGACAGUGGCCGAGACACAGAGGAGGCGGACGUAGGAGGGGGGCAGGAGCAGGCCAACUUGGAGACACAGCGCCAGGAGAUCCAGCCGUUGCCAGACCAUCAGCCGGCACAAAUCGUCCAGCGCCAAGGAAGCGAUGCAGAGCAAGAGCCGGCAGGCCAUCUGUUGGUGCUGGCUGGACAAGAGGAACAGCCCGUGGAACAGAAAGAGGCGGAUGUCGAGGUCGAGAAGAACGCGGAGGAGAAGGAGAAGAUGACAGCGGAGGGGAGACACGAGGGAACAGAACAAGGGCUGACAGAAGCCGCCCAACAACCCGGGCCGGCUAUCACGGCGGCUGACCAAGAGCCCGCUGAACAAAAGGAGGCCGGCGGAAUGGAGACCAAAGAGGAGGAAAAGACAGGAAAGCCAGAGGAGAGACCGCGCCGCAGCUGCCGGAAGGAGGGGCGUGGCUUCUUCUUUGACGAUUCGGUGGCCAACAGCAAGAUCGAGAGACCGUCGACAUGCGACUCCCCUCUCCGCGCCUGGUUGGCCAGCCCGCUGUCGAUUGAUGGUAUUGGUGAGCCCCGCCGCAUUGUGAUCGAGCCGCCCUCUCCAGUGGAGAAGGCCCGUGAGCGUGCCAAGCGCAACGCAUCUCUGCACAAGCGACGAGCGGGGACAAGGGAUGCGAUUGACGUUGAGGGUGUGGAGGAGGACAGCACUACUGACAUCAUUGGGGGGGCCGUGAGAGUCAAGAGGGGGGCCGGGAAGGGGAAAAGCUGGAAUGUCAGCCCCGCUGGAGUGCAGAGCUGCCCGCAGACCAACAUCACCACUGCUAUCAAUUUCACUCAGGUAAGAAGACGGAGUAGACAUGGGAGUCAUGUGAAUGUCAGUUCUGUUACCUGCUUGUCUGCCUGUAUCAGAGUGCGAUUGAUCUGCCUGAUUCGCCAAUGACUCUUGCGAAGGGCCCUGUCGUUGCAGUGAGACCGAAGAUCACUUCCGAGUUCCUUCCUGCCAAAAGCUGUGGAGUGCCAAGAAUACCAAACGACCACCGCCAGGUGAGGCAAAGAGAUGGAUGCACAGAAAGAUGGAAGAAGGGAUGUCAGCCAGAGUCAUGUUCCCUCCCCUUUGGGUGUGCGUGUCUCCACAGCAGAGCCCGUAUAGCAACGCCACACAAGGAUAUGGCUUUGUUGCUGCAAGCACUGCCGCACCGUCGGCCACUAACUUCAAGUCGCCUCGAACCCCUAUUUUCGGACCGAUCGCUGCCAAGCAGGCGCCACCCGCCCCACCAAGCAUCGACCACCACAUGUGGAACAAUCCCAUUCAGCAGGUGAGACACAUCCCACAGACGCAUCACGCCUUUACGUGUGCCUCUGCAUACACAACAGAGAGUUGUCAACCGGGAAGUCAGCAGUGUGCUGCCCAGCGCCCGGCUCCCCAACCGCUCCUCGCAGCGGGAGACCACAACAACCACAACAGAUGUGCUGGACAGUGCUGAGCAAGAUGAUCUUGGCGGCGGCGUGGAGGCCAUGGUCCCAGCCAUUCGCCAGCUGACGGUCGAUGAGGAGGAGAUGGCGGGCGCCCAAGGACGUCGAACCACCGCCGAAGUGCCGCUGCGGCAGCCCAAAGCAGCGGUAAGAGCCAACAUGGCAUGGUUUUGAUGGAGGAUGAGCUGAUCCACCAAUUUGUUGUGUUGUGUGUGCAGCCGCUGCGAGUCGGCACGAUUCGUCAGGCCUUUUCUCCCCCCGGCACACUCAGCCGGCCGUUUGUGCCCAAAAGCCAUGGCAGUCCCAAAAUGACGAAUCCAAAACCAGUGGUGAGAGACGCGGGGCGGCCACAAGAUGCUCAUGUCAGUGACCCAUUGUGUCUCUCUGUGUGCGUGCAGGUGAGGCUUGGUGCAGGUGUUCGACCCGCUGUGCCACCGACAGGCGCAUCCGGCCACAUUAGACGGCUUCCCCCCCAACACGGGCCAGUGCCUGUGAACAUGUGUGUAACGCAUCAGCUGGCAAUCAGCACCAACAGGAGGUGUCACCUUUGUCUGUAUGGGAUGUCUUUGUGCGUGCAGGUACCCUGCCCCAGCUAGAGCUGGCAGCCCCGCGCUGGCUGUGACCAGGACAGUGAUCUGUCCCACGCCGACCCCCAUGGCGGUGCCCAUCUACACGCCCACCUUCAUGCAUCACCAGGUCAGUCAAGUCAAUGACUGAACAUGCCCAUCGAUUCGUUCAUGUCUCUCAUGCCGCACACACAAGUCCCUCUCUCUUUCUGUGGGUGUGGGUGUCGACAGGCCUAUCCGCUGUUCGGUGCUGGUGCCCCCCGACCACCCGUGCGUUGAUCGAAGCUGUCUCC